CAGUCCUCUUACAGUGAGGAGAAAAAAAAGCAUCUUAUGGAAGUCCUCACUGUAGACUAUAUGUCCCCUGAGGAAAGCGAAUAUGAGGAGUCUGAUGAGAAUUCUGACAAUCCUCAGCUCAGUAAACUGAUCAUUCGUAAGCUCCAGUGGCGUUCAGACGAAUUAACCAGGGAGUUGAAGAGCCUUGACAGGAAGUCAUAUAGAUCAAAAAGCCAGAGGGCCCGCCGAAUGAUGGUAAAAAGGGAAGUUGGAGGCUUUAUUGCAGAUAGCCUUCACUCACACCCAUCAGGAGCACCAGCCUGGGCUCUUGUUGGCAGUCUAAUACCAAGGCGUUAA